UGCUAAUAUAAAGGAGUCUCGGAAGAGUUUAGGGCUCUGGUUUCCAAGAAAGUGUUCAACUUUUGAGAGAGGAAGGUAACGACGCCCCCAAAGCCUAUGUCUUUGGAAAGCUCCUCCGCAAAUACCACCAUUACCAGAUCAGUGCAGACGCUGACAAGUGUAUUUCUGUAAUGGGCAUCUCCGACGACAGCCCUCAAUCUACUCCUGCUCCUCCCACCAGCUUCUCCAACCCCUUUACCACCCGCAUAUUCUCCGAUGUUGCGGGAGAUAUCACAAUUGUUGUGGAUGGAGAGCCUUUUCUACUCCACAAGAAUAUUGCAGUUUCCUCUGGUGGCUCGUUGUGGAAAGAUCAGGAAAAUGGCGGCAGAGAUGAAGGACUCCUCAAAGCUGUCGCAUACAGAGCUCCGAGACUUCCCAGGCGGCCUAAGACGUUCGAACUCGCCAUGAAGUUCUGCUACGGCAUCAACUUCGAGAUCACCGUCUCCAACGUGGUUGCUCUCCGCUGCGCAGCCGGUUACCUGGAGAUGACAGAGGACUACAAGGAAGAGAACCUGAUCGCACGGGCCGAGACUUACCUCGAGCAGGUCGCAUUUCGCAGCCUGGACAAGUCCGUGGAAGUCCUCUGCUCCUGCGAGACGCUUCACCCUCAGGACAUUGCUGAAAGGUGCGUGGAGGCCAUCGCUGUAAAUGCUUGCAGAGAACAAUUAGUGUUGGGGCUAUCACGGCUGAACCGAGGCAGUGAAUCAGCGGAGCUCAAGAGAGGAGACUGUCCUGAGUGGUGGAUCCAAGACCUCUCUGCUCUGAGGAUUGACUAUUACGCCCGAGUUGUCUCCGCCAUGGCCAGAACAGGGCUGCGCUCAGAGAGCAUCAUCACGUCUCUGAUGCAUUACGCCCAAGAAUCGCUCAAGGGUAUGCGAAACUGCCAGGAGCGGACCAAGCUCGACUCGGGUACAAUCCAGAACGAGCAGAGGAACGUCGUUGAAGCCAUCGUUAGCCUUUUCCCUAAUGACAAAGUCCCUUUGAGUUUCCUCUUUGGAAUGUUGAGGGUUGGGAUUACCAUAGACGUAGCCAUCUCUUGCAGGCUCGAGCUCGAGCGGAGAAUCGCUCAGCAUCUGGAAACAGUCUCGCUUGAUGAUCUUCUAAUACCUGUCGUCCAAAGCGGGGAUGAUUCCAUGUACGAUGUGGACACUGUCCAUAGGAUACUCGUCUGCUUCUUGAAGAGGAUCGAGGAGGAGGAAGAGUAUGACGAAGAUGAGUGCUGUUGCGAGAACGAGACCGAGAGUCUGAUUGGUUCCACCUGCCACGGCUCAUUACUAAAAGUGGGUCGGAUCAUGGAUGCGUAUUUGGCGGAGAUCGCACCAGACCCGUGCCUGAGUCUGCACAGGUUCACUGCCUUGAUGGAGAUAUUGCCCGAUUAUGCGCGUGUCAUGGAUGAUGGGCUCUACAGAGCCAUUGAUAUGUUUCUAAAGGGGCAUCCGUCGCUGACGGAACAAGAAUGCAAGAGUCUCUGCAAAUUCAUAGACACUGAGAAACUUUCACAAGAAGCAUGCAGCCACGCGGCUCAGAACGAUCGGCUACCGGUGCAGAUGGUGGUUCGAGUCCUCUACUCAGAACAGCUGCGUCUCAAGAAGGUUAUGUCCGGAGAGUCCGGGGAAGGGAUAUUGUUGUCGUCACAGAAACUCAGUAACGGAGCAGUGUCUCCGCGUGACACUUAUGCAUCGCUAAGGAGGGAGAACAGAGAGUUGAAGCUGGAGAUCUCGAGGGUGAGAGUGAGGCUGAGCGAGUUAGAGAAGGAGCAGGUUUUGAUGAAACAGGGAUGAUGGACAAGUCGGGUCAUAGUGGAACAUUGCUGACCUCGCUUUCCAAAGGUAUUGGGAGGAUUUCGAUAUUUGGUGGAGAAGAGAAGCGGCGGAAGGCUAGCCGCAAAUCCAGGUCCAGGUUGGAGAGCAAAACCGGUAGGAGCGGAACAGAGUCUAUGUUUUAGGUAGCACGUAAAUUCCACCAUGUUUUCUCAACAAAACCGGAUGGUUCUUGAGUGUAUAUCUCGUGACGAUUCUUGCAAGUAUUGGAUUGCGAUUUCUCAAUAAUAAUAUUUUAGAGGAAAGAGAGAGCUUAUGGUCCUUAGCCGCAGAGUCUUUCAACGUCGUCCUGUGCUUGAAGCUACUUGAUCCUGCUUGCAUUCAGAGACAGAGUAGUCGCUGCAACCAAAAGUGGAAUGGACUUGAAGCAAAGCCCG